CAUUUGAUUUUGAAAAUAAUUAAGAUGAGUAUGAAAUUUGAAAUCUGUAUCAAAUUCAAAUUAGUGGCUAACAACGCUGGCAUGAUGACACGUAUUCCAUGUAUGGUGGCAGAACCCUUUAAAUACGAGACCUUCUCUCUCUUUUUCACAGUCAUCACUCUCUACCACCAAUGGCAGCCAAGCUUUCACUUUCGUUCAUCAUUCUGUGUGUUGUUGGUGCCGUCAUGUGUGACGGCGCUCGUUCACCGUCACCUUCCGUGGACUGUUCGAAUUUGGUGCUAACAAUGGCGGAUUGUUUGUCAUUCGUCACGAAUGGGAGUACCACAACGAAGCCAGAAGGAACAUGCUGCUCUGGAUUGAAGACUGUACUCAAAACUGCACCAGACUGUCUCUGUGAAGCUUUCAAAAGUAGCGUUCAGUUUGGUGUCGUCUUGAAUGUCACCAAGGCCUUAGCUCUUCCUUCUGCUUGCGGUCUCUCUGCUUCUUCUGCCACUGACUACUGUGGAUUGAGUGGAGCGCCUGCUGCUUCUCCUGGAGGUUUCUCUUUUGCCUCGUUUUGUUAUUAUGUGACACGUUAUAUUUUGUCAUGUUUCUGCAACUUUCUCAUAUCAAUCUUAAUAGUGGAAGGGUUUCUCCAGGUAGUUCUCCAAGUUCAGCGUCUGGUAGUGAAACAACAGCACCUAGUUGGAAUAAUAAUGGUCCAAUAAAUGAGGUAUCUCCAAGAUCAGCACCAUCAUCGCCAUCUAAAGGGAAGAGCUCAGCAUCAACCAUGUUCCCUAUUUCACCUGCAUCACUCUUUCUUCCCUUAUUAUUGCUACCUCUCUUCUCUCUGUUUUGAAUCAUUCAUUAUUUCAUCUUAUAGAUUUAGUCUAAUUAGUUAGUUAGUUAGUUACUUGAAAAGGACUAUAUGAUGUACAUGUUUUCUGGUUGAUUUAUGAGUUUUUAUAUACCAUUAUAUUGGAUCUCAUCUAUGCUUGCCUAUUUUUGUUUGAAAAUAAUGUUUUUGGCA